AUGGUAGGAUGGUCUUCUCGUACUUUGCCAACGGACAGAGCCUCAUUCACCAAUGAGGAUGGUACCAAGUCAGGAAAAAUGACUGGAUUCCAAUUAAAGUCAGAAGGCUGGCGUUGGGAGGAACCUUGGAUUGUUGACAUAGAUCUGCGCAGACAUGAUAAGGAGGGGUGGGAAUACGCAACAAAUUUUGGUGCGACGUGGAAGCCCGAUAAUGGAGUCGGAGUAUUUGUCCGCAGGAAGCGAUGGAAAAGACAUAUGCGCUAUACAAGCAUAGAAAAAUGGGCAGAGAUUCCACAAAGUAGCGGGACCAUUGUUGAGUUGGCUAUAGGUGGAUUCGACAUACUGCCUCCGCAAGAGUGCCUUCUCAUUGCUUUGUCAAAAAAUGGGAAACUGCUGAGGAGAGUGGGAAUUCAUGCUAACAAUCCAGAUGGCGACUGCUGGCAGGAGAUAGACGGUAUCGUGACAGAUGGUAAGUAA